UGUGGGUGUGUGUGUGACGGCGCUGCUCCGCUAAGAUGGCGGCGGCGCCGGUGGCGGUUGUGAAGCGGCGCGAGGGCCUGCGCUUCCCGCCGCGCGCCGCCCCCGGGCCCAGCCCCCCCCGCGCCCUCUCCUCCCUCCCCCUGUCCCGAGUCAAACUCAUCAUGAAGAGCUGCCCCGACGUCUCCAGCAUCAACCAGGACGCGCUCUUCCUGACCGCCAAAGCCACGGAGCAAUUUGUGCAGUACCUUGCCCUGUAUGCCUACAAGAGCAGCAAGAAGGAUAAAAAGGAACUGACCUACAACGACCUCGCGGAUUGUGUUGAGAACUCUGAAACGUUUCAGUUUCUGGCUGAUAUUUUACCAAAGAAGAUUUUGGCCAGUGAAUACCUGAAGAUGCUCGAGGAGGAGAGAGCAGGUGGCGGCGAUCGGGACGAAGAGGAUGGGGACGAGGAAGAUGACGAGGAGGAAGAUGACAACAAUGAGCAGGAUGAGGAUGAAGAUGAGAAUGAAUCUUAAGAGCAAUCACUACUGUGCUUGUUUCACUGUACCAGUAUCCCACUGAAGGCUAGACAAUGUCUGUUAGCUUAAUGCAAGACUCAUGGCAGCUUGACUAUUUUGGAGAAUGAGAGGGAAAGCAUCAACAAGCACAAAAGAUUGGUCUAACCUGCAGGGAUUCAGAAAUACUGACUCCUGCAGUUAUACCACUGACUUGCUCAGCUGCUGUGAGCCUGUUUUAAUUUAGCCGUGAAGGGAAAUGGGUCCAAGUGGAGUUUCGGCCUAAACACAUCCGUGUUCCCGCAGAAUUAGAUAUUUGUGAUCUCAUUCAGAAAUUGGAACCUGGAUUCUUGUAUUCCACAAUAUGAGCCAUUCAGAAGCACUGAGCAACAAUUAAAUGGAAAUGUCACAAGAUGUUUUACAGUAAUUUAAAGGUUGUGGAUUAACACAUUAAUGUAUCUUUCAGCUUAAUGAAAGGAGUCCCGUUGGACUUAGUGCGGUUUAGUUUAGAAAAAAUAGUGCAGGAGAGAGGGGGGUGAAUGAUUAGACUGUCCUCCAGUUUGCAUUUUUAAAAUAUUGUUUGAACACUUUUCUAUGUUUACAAAAAUAAACAAAAAUAAGUUUAGUGU